ACCUCUUGUGCGGAAGUUGAACGCUCUCAUUUUUCGCAAGUUAAAACGUGUUUUACAGUUUGUCUUUCAUAGACAUUAGACUCAAAAAUAAAAAAACGAAAAAAAUUAACCAGUUCCAAACUUUUCAGCUUUGGCCGAUUUUGUCGGAAAAUUGGAAGAGUUUUAUUAUUUUGAAAUUAUAAGUCGCGCGGAGAUUCGGUUUUUUGUUAAAGAAAAAUAGUGCGGGUCGUUCCUCUCGGUUGACGUGAUACAACCGGUGAUUUCUCGACGUGUUUUGUUAGGAUUCCGGGAGUCGAGAAGUUAAUAGCUCUUUCUCUCUUUCUCGCUCUCUUAUUUCGAAGUCAGGAGAGAUCGAAACCUCGUCCUUGUUAUCUUGGAACAAAAGAAGAGAAAAAGGGACUUUAUUCUGCCGAGCGAAUGUUUUAAGGAAAGAAACGUUCAUUGGCGGAUUCGAAUCCGGAAAUUGAAGAUCGAAUUUCAAUCACAUAGUUGAGGAUGAUGCCUCGAGAAGAUCGAAUCGCGAUAAUGCGAGGUUAGGAGGGUGACUCUUUCUCUUUCGGAGUGACUACCUUGCUAACGGCGCUCCAAAGAGAAUCGAAGGGGUUGAGGAGGAGGAUUAAAGAGAAGAAAAAAGCCGAUUGUUUCAAGUCGGAAGAUGCGUCCGGCGAUAAUUACAACUCUCGUCCUCCUGGUUGUUGCUGGCCGGAAUGGCGUAUGGGCGAACUGGUGGUAUUUGGGUAUAGAACCAAGAAUAAGUGCAGCAAAUGAAAUAAGUACAGAUGGUCAAAUUGGUGCUGGAGUCGUUGGACCAGCUAGUGCUGAAAAAAGCUGCAAAAGCUCGCAUCUCACCACAAAACAGCAGGGUAUAUGUCUACGAUCGCCUCCUGUAUUGCAGGCGAUCAGUGCGGGUGCGAGAUUAGCGAUAGAAGAAUGCCAGCAUCAAUUCAGAUCGGCGAGGUGGAACUGCACCGUCAAUCCUGAAAAUCCUGAUAACAUUUUUGGCGGCGUCAUGCUAGUCAAUAGUCGAGAGGCAGCGUUUAUUUAUGCGAUAUCGGCUGCUGGAAUUGCUUAUAGUGUGACGAGAGCAUGUUCAAGAGGAGCUCUUACAGAUUGUUCUUGUGACAACCGAGUGAGAGCAAGACAUCCUAAUCAUUGGCAAUGGGGUGGAUGCAGCGAAGACAUCCACUUUGGAGAAAAAUUCUCUCGCGAAUGGUCGGAAGGAGGCGAAGAACCAGUAAAAGACGGUGAAGCUGUAGUUCAAGGCCCAGCAGGAUUAGCGGGAUUGCUCAUGAGGAGACACGACAGUGAAGCUGGAAGGCGAGCGAUUCGCUCAAGGAUGCAACGUGUCUGCAAGUGUCACGGAAUGUCGGGUUCUUGCAGUGUUCGCGUUUGCUGGCGGAAGCUGCCAGCUUUUAGGGUGGCGGGAGCGGCAUUGGCAGCCCUGCACGAGGGCGCAGCUCUGGUUCGUCUUGCUCAAAGGGGUGGUAAAAGACCAGCAAGAUUAAGGCCCGCCCGACCUGACCUGAAGCGGCCGAACAAGACCGACUUGGUCUACUUAGAAGAUAGUCCGGAUUAUUGCGAAAAGAAUAUCACUUUGGGCAUCCCGGGCACAAGAGGAAGGAUAUGCAACCGAACGUCUCUGGGACUAGACGGCUGUCGUCUGCUCUGUUGCGGCCGCGGGUAUCAAACUCGAGUGCGGGACGUGAUCGAAAAAUGCAACUGCAAAUUCGUCUGGUGCUGUGACGUAAAAUGUGAGCUCUGUCGAGACACUCGGGAGGAGCAUGUCUGCAACUAAAAUAAUCAAAUCUCCACUCAAAGGAAUUAAAGGCAAUGGUACUUAUUGUUAGACAACCCGGUGUUGCAUUUAGAGAAGAGAGAAACGAUCCUCAUCACCUUUCCCAAGGUGACAUCAGUCUUCCUUUCUCGAGACCAAUCAAAAAGUCAAAAAAAUUAAUAAUCUAAUUUAAAAAAUACAAGACGACACAUUCCACUCUUUUUAAAUGACACGUGAGCAGUUUCUCUCUUGCUCCCAGGAGAAGCGGUUUUCCGCAAAAGCCGCCCGAAAAUGAUCGACGCACGACAUACGCAAAUUCGCGCUUCCAAUGCGCAAGCGCCACGAGAGGCUACAUAAAAGAUAUUUAUAAUUUAUGAUGAUGAUUUCCGCAGAGAGCGUGGAUGCCAGCGAGUCAAUGUAAAGUUUACGUUGUAAACGAGUUUCAAAACGAAAAUUGUAAACCGUUUAUCGAGAAGCUCUCCGCCUUCGGCUUAUUAGGGCGCUUCCAGGACCUGAAGGUCGAUCCGCAAUGCGUCAAUGCUCUCUAUACGACGAGUGUAGUGAUUUCAACGACCCCCGCGACGCGACGCGUUUUCGCUCCGGGCCGACCGAGAAGACUUUUCUCGCAUGCCAAUGAAUGUAUAUAUUCGAUUUGUUUUUUACUUUCCACGUACUUAUCCUUAACGGUGUAUAUAUAUACAUACAUACAUACAUACAUACAUACAUACAUACAAACAUGCAUAUUAAACGUACAUAGUAUGUACUAAAAGUACGAAAUCCACGGCGCUCUCACUCGAAAAACGUUGAGCCGAGGAUUCCGUCCACUAAUUUUUCAGAUCUUGUGUAUUUACAGCAAUCCUUUAAGAACUCUUUUCACUCGAUUCGGUACACGAGUUAAGUAAUCCGAAUCGAGCUUUUAUAUCGAAAUCGGAUUUUCGAGCUUUUGUUUAAAAGAUUUUUAUGAUACGAUAUACAAAGCGCAGUAUUGAAAAAUUGUAAUUUAUUUUGCUCGAUAUAAUAUAUAUAAAUAUAUAUGGAUCAUUCUAAAGAUUUUUGAAAAAUAAGAAUCAACAUUCCGCGCGAUCAUGUAAGCGAUUUAGCUGUCGA